AAAAAUUAAAAUCUCGUCACACUUUUAUACAUAACAUUCGCAUCAUACCAUUACAUUACAUUAUUUCCCACUCGAAUCCCAGAGUACACUCAAUGGACGGCGGAACGCAACCGCUGCUGCAGCGGCGACCACCGGUGGAACCACCACAAGGAAAUGGAGAUUUCACCGCCAUUCUCACCGUUCUAUUUGGCUUCAUUGUUAUCGUCUCCAUGGUUCUGAUUCCAUCUUCAUCACCAACCCUGAAGAACAGCUUAACGAUACUGCAUCAAGUUCCUGAAGGUCAUGUUGGGGUUUACUGGAUGGGGGGUGCCCUCCAGAAGACAACUACAACUCCAGGUUUUCAUCUGAAAUUACCUCUAAUAACCCAUUACGAGCCUGUUCAGGUGACCCUUCAAACUGAUACGGUGAGGGAUAUCCCUUGUGGGACCAAAGGGGGUGUUAUGAUCAACUUUGACAGAAUAGAGGUUGUUAACCGCCUAAAAAAGGAAUCUGUGUAUGAUACCCUUCUCAACUAUGGUGUAGAGUAUGACCAUACUUGGAUAUAUGAUAAAAUCCAUCACGAGAUCAAUCAAUUCUGUAGUGUUCACUCCCUUCAAGAUGUUUAUAUCGACAUGUUUGAUCAGAUCGAUGAAACAAUGAAAGAUGCCCUUCAAGCUGACUGUACACGUUAUGCACCAGGCAUUGAAAUUAUCAGUGUCCGUGUCACAAAGCCUAGCAUCCCAGAAAGUGUAAGGAGAAAUUUUGAACAGAUGGAAGAUGAACGCACCAAGGUAUUGGUAUCAGUAGAAAGGCAGAGAGUUGCUGAGAAAGAGGCGGAGACGCAAAAGAAGAUAGCUAUCACAGAAGCUGAGAAGAAUGCUUAUGUCAGCAAAAUUGUAAUGGAACAGAAGUUGAUGGAAAAAGAUAGUUUAAGAAAGCAAGAAGAAAUUUCUAAUGCAAUGUAUCUCGCUCGAGAAAAGAGCUUGGCUGAUGCCAAAUAUUACCAGACCAUGAAAGAGGCUGAAGCAAAUAAAUUGAAACUUACACCUCAGUUUCUGGAGCUUAAAUUUAUCGAGGCGAUUUCCAACAACACCAAGAUGUUCUUCGGAAACAAGAUACCGAAUAUGGUGAUGGAUCAAAGGCUACUUGGGAACUUUUUGCAAGAUUUGGAAGGAAGAAGGAACUUGGAAGCAUAGGUUGUGGUUUUGUCAAUCAUGCUGCGGAUUGUCAUUUUCGAGGUCUGGAAUGAAACUCAUCUUUCGAACCUGGAUUCUUUUAUUGAAAUCAGACCGUAUGAAUAUUAGAUUGCUUUGGUCAUUAUACUUUUUUUCUAGUGGUAUAUAAUGAAUCAUGGA